CUAACAGGCAAACUGGUUCCCUUCGUGGAGUACUGCGUCUGUCAUGCCUCUGUCCUAACCAUCCUGGUGAUUAGCUUCGAGCGUUACUACGCCAUCUGUCGGCCGCUGCGAGCUUCCUACACCUGCACCAAGAUGAGGGCUUGCACCUGUAUCCUCACUAUCUGGGCCGCAGCUGUCAUCCUCUCCUGCCCCAUGAUGGUGAUGAGCAAGCAUGAGUUGGUGCCCUACGCUGAUGGCACCAUGGUGACUGGUUGCUUCACGGAGCUCACGUCCUUCUGGGCCUGCCUCUACAUCAACCUGGUGACGGCUAUCUUCUUCUUCGUGCCUCUCCUGCUCCUCAUCCUCCUGUACCUGGUGAUCGGCAGGAGUCUCAUGCGGGACUCUGCCUCGGCCGCCCUCCAGCACCGGAAAGUCGACCUGCCCAACAUGAAGGCUCGGAGACAGGUGGUGGUGAUGCUGGCUACUGUCACCAUCUUCUUCUUCGUCAGUCUCCUUCCCUUCCGCGUCCUCACUCUCUGGAUCGUUUGGACGCCCAAAGAGAUUAUCGAGACCGUGGGCGCCCUCCGCUACUACAGCAUGCUGUACGCUGCCCGGGUGAUGCUCUUCGCGAACUCAGCCGUCAACCCCAUCCUCUAUAACCUGACGUCCACCAAGUUCCGCGAGGCUUUCCUCAAGUUGCUCAGUAACCAGAGGCGUCAACGCUUCCUGAGUCGGCAGUCGACCUUCAACACCACCGGGAACUCCAUGUCGAAUGGUCGGAGCUCCUCGCGCACCAUCCCUACUGACCUGGCGUCUCUCAAGGACGCUCAUCCUGUUAGACUUACCCUCGCUAGGUGCGGCAGACACGCCUCCUUCGACGAUUUCCCGAUGCCGCGGCCUAAUAUGGCUCGCUAUGGCCGCCAGAGCAGCUUCGCGGGGUCCUACGGCUUUCCCAGCACUAACAGCAACAGCAACAGCGUCGCGUGCAGCCGUCAGAACAGCCGCGUGGGAGAAAACGGGAUUUUGAGUCCCCUAGAAGGGAAGAAAUCCUUCGAGGCGGAAAAGAGGCAUUCUGGAGAAGGAAGGAGGCUGCUGGAGGGUGAGCGAGCGUCCGUCUUUACCGGAGAUAUGAUCGAGGAGGAGAGGAGUUCAGGCGGUGUCACCAGGAUAGACAGCAUCAGGAGGGAGCAGCAAAAUAAAAUUGCGACGGAGAUGGAGAAAUUACUCUCGGAAGGGGACAUAAAUUACGGCAGCGCCCUUAUAAACGCUCCGUCUCGACCUGUGGGCGCUGACAACGAGGGGAAGGAAGGAUGCGACGACCGUCCAUCCAGUCACCUGCUGGCCAGUCUCUCACAUGACUCCGUCGGGGAUGAAAAGACACACAAGGAAAACAUCCCUACACUCCAGGCGGACUUUGCCACAGAAAACAGUGAUCCAGAGACAGACGGCAUUCCAGAGACGAUGAAAAGUGUACAAUUUUGCGAGCGGCCGUCUACAAAAGUCAGCAUAGUGUGAACACCUCCCCUGAGGGGAUGAAACGUUUGGGCAUUACCUCUUGUAUUUUUCAUUUAUGCUGAUCCCUCAGAAGCUGUCAUUGUUGCUCUACUCGUAUGAGGUGUAAUAAAUUUUAUUUCAAGUUACUGUAUCCUCCAGUACUCGCAUGUAUGGCAGUGUUUAUGCUCUUUAGGGUAGAUAAUAAAGAGAUCAAGUGGAGCAUGUUUGUAUCUAAAUAUCUGGUUCUUAUGUAUAUUUAAAACAAUUCCCAGUAUACUUAUAUGUACACAUUUACUCUGGAAUUCCUUAAAGAUGUAAAUAUAUUGUAUAAAAUGUAA